UGGCAGUGAAAUGUUGCCGGACCUGGGUGCAACAUGAGCGGGCCUCAGCCCAGUGAAUUCCCGGACGACUGGGAGCAGCUCGAGCGGUGUGUGAGCGUCCUGAGGCGGAGAACCCUGCAGGCCAGCGAGCUGUCCGCUGUCAGGACCUUCUCCGACCAGUUUCUCAUCAAGUUUCUCCGGGCCAGAGACGGGGACGUGGAGCUCUCCCUGAAGCUCUUACUGAACUACCAGCGGUGGCGAAGGGAGAGUCCUGAGAUCAGCAAAUGUCUGUCCCCCUCCUCGGUGCUUGGCCUCCUCAACACAACGUACCACACCGUCCUCCCACAGCGGGACCACACUGGCAGCAGGGUGCUCAUCUACAGGAUUGGACAGUGGAACCCAAAAGACUGGUCAGCCUUCCAGGUGUUCAGGGUCAGCCUGAUGACAUCAGAGAUCAUCUCCACGGAGACAGAGACACAGAGACGUGGUCUGAAGGUCAUAUUUGACCUGCAGGGGUGGAGUUUAGGCCACGCCCUGCAGAUUAACCCUUCCCUUGCCAGAAAGAUAUCCUCUGUACUUUCGGACUCUUUCCCACUGAAAGUUAGAGGAAUCCAUCUGGUUAAUGAGCCGAUGCUCUUCCGGCCAGUCUUCUCCAUGAUUCGUCCAUUCCUGCCAGAAAAGAUCAAACAGAGGAUCCACAUGCAUGGUGCUGAUUUUCAAGACACUUUAAGCGACUUCUUCUCAGCGCCCGUCCUGCCUCCAGAAUAUGGAGGGGAGGGGCCUAGCAUAGAGGAGGUGUGUCAGGACUGGACCAAUCAGCUGCUUGAAUCAGAGGAACUCCUGCAGCAGAUUGCGAAUCACCCAACAGGUGACAUCACUGUUACUCCUGAGGACUCCUUGAUCUCAGAGGAAGUGCAGACUGAGCAACUCUCUGAGGGAUGAUGUUUGGAAUGUUCACAUAUACGCACUGCUGUUUUUUAGUGUGGAUGAAAACACACACACACACACACACACACUGACAGCCAUUUUUGAGGCCCUAACUCUUGAAGUUGUUAACUGCGUCAAGAGAGCUGUCAGUGCUUUAAAACUUUUCAGCGCUUGUCUAUCUGGUUGACUUUGUGUUUACAUGUGUCAGCUGUCUUCUGGUUACAUUGCUCCUUGAAAUCUGAACAAAGGCAGAAGUUACAUCCUCUAUUUUAAAUAUGCUUUCUUUUCAAGAGUGACAUGAAGAUAUUGAUGUCAAUCUCAUGUCUGUAUUCUAAGUACUGAGUCUGAAGGUGUGUCGUGUACUUCCGUCAGUAUACUUCCAUGUAGUACACUAUGUACUUCUUGCACGGUGUACUAAUUUCAACAGGGUAGUGUUGUCUCAAAUCACAUACUGCUGUUUUACACUUACCUGAAGUGACAACGGCCCUUCUUCUUCUUCUUCUUUGUCUUGUUUUUUAAACGGUGAAUUGCAAAUUGAUGGUGGAGCAUUAUUGCCAACAUUUGACCUAUUGGCUUCUAUUCAACAACAGUACUGGUAAUUAGUAGGGCUUAUGUAUAUAUAUAUAUAUAUAUAUAUAUAUAUAUAUAUAUGUAUAUAUUUUUAGGCUAUA